CAGUAUCCCAAACACCCCAUAGAGAUAUAAACUCGAAGGAGGCGCUGGAAAAUGUUUUAAGUCUUAGGACUUGAAGGAAGUCUUUUGAGGGCGAAAAGAAGAAAGUAGAGAAAUGGAUUUGGGGUCAGUGAAGAGGAAUUUGGAGAAAAAAGAAGGAACUGAAAGUGCGUCAUUAAUUAAUUCAAUGCCUUCACAAGUGUUUGAUCCCUUCAUCUUGCACGGCCUUCACAUUGAUCUUGUGGAGCGUGGUCGUCUUAUCUGCUCUAUGAAAGUGCCUCCUCGCUUACUGAACACUGCUAAAACCUUGCAUGGAGGGGCAACGGCCUCACUGGUGGAUUUGGUGGGGGCUGCUGCCAUUGCUACAGUUGGUUCUCCCUUAACUGGAGUUUCUGUUGAGAUCAGUGUUUCUUUCCUGGAUGCUGCUUUUGUUGAUGAGGAGAUCGAGAUUGAGGCAAAGGUUUUACGCGUUGGGAAAUCUGUUGGUGUAGUGAGUGUUGAGAUUAGGAAGAAGAAGACUGGGAAAAUUGUCGCCCAGGGCCGCCAUACUAAGUUCCUUGCCGUUCCCAGUAAAAUGUAAAAUGUAAAAUGUAUUUCUCCCCCAGAAAGGAAAAUAGAUGUCUCUUGAGUAUGCUUGUAGCUUCAAUAAAAUGCAGACCAGGUAGCUGCCUUUCAUAUUAUUGUUCAGAACUCAUUGUUCUUCACUAUUGUGUAUGUACUUUGAUAUGUUCUUGCCUUA